CCUGCGUCAGACAAAGACCUGAGCUCGAGAACCACAGUUGUGCUCCUGGCUGCUCCGAAAAAACUUCAAAAGAAAAGUAAUUUUUGUUGCUAUUCAAGUUGCAAAAAUUCUUUGACGUUGAAUUUUUCGUGCUACGUUAAGCACAAUGCCUUUCUAUGCAAAAGACUGGCGUUCACCUGGUGAAUCGUGGAUCAAAACCGAAGAUGGCUGGGAAAAGCUGAAAGUAUUGGAAACUAAUCGAAAAAGAUUAAAUUCUGAGAAUGGUGUUUUCCACAGGCCAGCAGAUGACGAUAAAGAAAACUGCGCACUGGAUAACGGUCAGGAAGGACUCGAUAAGACAAAAGGUAGCGUCCCGCCGCACUGUCAGAUCACAUUGAAAUGCACAAAAGAGGUGGCUGGAUUCAACGGGUUGAGCGACGCUCUGCGUCGUUUGGAUUUCCGAUCCGCAGUCCACGAUCACAGAAGAUUUCCCUACACGGCUAAGCUGCUGGAAUUGUUGCUUUCUCAGCACAGAAUUACCAACCUGUCCGGCUGUGCUCAAAAAUCUGUUCUCAAUGUCCUGGAGGAGAUCGCAGUCCAAGCCCAAGGAAGCCAGCAGAACGUGCAUGUUCUAGUCAAAUUACUAACCGAUUUGCGUACAAUUGUGCGCGGGGAUUCGUGGUGGGGUACACCGUUAGGCUCUUCGCAAUUGUGGGGUAAACACGUCCGUACUAUCGAUCGUAUAGGAGCCAUCGCUUCAAGCAUUCGCCAUGCUGAGUCGGCUCCUGGCAAUAAUGGAGGAGAAGACAAACCUAAAUUUGAGGAUUUGCCUGAAGAGUGUGUCAGAGAAAUCCUAUUUCGCUUGGCUGAUCAUAGGGACUUGUUGUCAGCUGCGGAGGCGUGCGGAGUAGCCCAGAAACUUAGCGCCGAGCAACGUUUGUGGAAGCGUCUUUGUCGCUUUCACUUCUCGCCAGUACAAAUCAGCUUUGCACUGAGCGAAAUACAAAAAGACCGAGAGAAACCUCCCGUGAACAUGACAUUGAACAAGAAUAAUCGUAGUAGUCGAACGCCUCAUCCAUAUCUCAACACGAGGCGCAGUCCCGUCCGUAGUCAUGAUUCAGAAUCUUCUAAACCGGAAGAGUUACUGGAUAAUGCUUCAUCGACAGACACGCGCGGUCGUGUUUCCAGUGCUUUCCACGAGCAUUUGAAACGCUACCGUGAAACUCUAUUAGGUCUGCAAAAGGAGAAACAAGAGUCAAACCAUCUGCAAUCAGUCGGCAAUGCCAAUCAUGAUCGAUUGUUAAGCUUCCAGGACGUCAGGAACCAUUUCGAUCAACGAGGAAUGCUUGAUAAUGAACCCAACAGCCCCCAGAGUACGCCCCGAAUGAGUCAGCUUCCGCCUAGGAGGAAAAAUAACGAGAUGGAUGAUGGCACUUCUAAUAAUCAGACUACUCUGGAAACAGACUGGGAGGAUGUCUUCCAUCGUGCGCGCAGGCUAUUUGGACUGCGUGAAGACUAUGCCGAAAUUCUCCAUCUGUGUCGCAACUGCCGUUGCCUAUUUUGGAAAACGUACGGACAUCCUUGCAUAGUCGAUCAUCAGCCGACAGAUAACAAGUCAGACGAACCCAGCUGCAACCCGGAAACAUUUUAUGUGCCCAUCCCGCCUCAAGCUUUCCUCAAAUUUUUUUCUCUCUGAAAUGUGACAGCUUUUCUACGUACAAGGUUAAAGGAGACUCUUUUUUUGACACACAUGCCGGAAGAAUUUCUAUUUUUCCCGUUUAGGUUAUAGGUUCGCAUAUCAACCAUCCGCAUUCUCUUACUCGGUAUAUGGCGUAAACUAUUUUUAUUUUGGGAAACGCGUAAUGAUGUGGGCUCAUGGAAACAAAAAGAAAUGCUUAAAGAAGAUAUUAAAUCCUCAAGGAUCAAUCUAAUGAUUUUUUAGCUGUAGUCUCAUGUCCAGUUUAUACAAUCAUUUUAUUGUGUCGACAUUUUAACUGUGAUAGUUUUGUUUGUAGUGAUCGAUGGACCUGCAAUCGAUCUUUAUUUCCCCUUUUUUUGUCAUGCAUGGCUCGAGUCUUUUCUUUCAUAUUGAUGUAGUAUUUUUGACUUACCACUUCGAGCGUCUAGAAGAGAUUGCAACAUCACUCUGCUGUCUUGCACUUCAAUUUUUAGAGCUUAGGGCAGUCAUUGAUCAUUGAGUUUGUAUCUUUAGGAAUCAGAUUUUUACAUAUCUAUAAUAGAAUAAAUGGUUCUCGGAGA